AUGCCCUUCGUCAAGGCUCUCAAGAAGGACGUCGAAAGCUCGGGGUUCACGGACCCGCUUAAUUGCAAGUUGGCGUUCGAUGAGAAGGAGGUCAUGGAGCAGAUCAAGCCCGCAUUGGCGGCGACUGUGUAUAAGUGCAAGGAGGUUGAAAUUGUGGAGGUUAAUCCCAAUGCAGCGGCGAAGCUGCCUGUUGCUGCGCAGAGUGCGGUGCCGAGGAGUUCGGGGAUCGAUUUCGCUAAUAUGUGA